AUGUUGGAAAACUUUUUAAACGAAAUUGAAAGUAACCGGCGCUUUAGAGUCGAUAUAGCACUGGAAUCACAACAUAACAUGCACGAUAAAGAGGUCAAUCAAAUCUUGUCUAAUUGCUCAUGCCCUGAAUGCGAUUCCUUAAAGUGUUUCAGUAUCAGACACAGUAAACAGAAUAAAACCUGCACUUGUAGCCAAACAUCAAAAUUAUGUCUUCAGAACUGUGGCAUAGAUCCAGAAAGAAAAGACAUUCCCAAAACAACAGUAAACCGUGUCAAUAGAAAUGUUGAAUUUCAAAACGAAGUAAGUGAGCACAAGAACCUGAAAUAUACGAAUGAUUCAAUAGAAUCUGAAUACAGUGACUGUAUUUCAAUAGCCGAGUCCCAAAAUAAUAUACGAAAUGAACCUAUGAUACCCUUGAAAAACAUAAGUGACACUACUGCGCAAUUAAGUGCGCAAGUCAUGGACGUAGCCUUGCCCGAUUUAAACGAGUCUAUAAUUAAAAACGCCCGCUACAAAGACUCUCUCACAGAAUUAAAGACGGCAAAACAAGAUAUUUUAUCUAAAUUGAGAGAUAUAUAUAAAGCGUGUAGCUGUAAAGUUUGCGAAUGUAUUCCCAUUAAAUCAUUAUUUAAUCCUAAAGACACUUGCAGCUGUAAGCCCUGCGAAUGCAGUGAAUGCAAGCUUUUAAAUAGAUACUACGGAAACAACAUAAAAGAAAAACCACAUUCUGGAUGUCCAUGUAUACGCUGCGACAGAAAAGACUGUCGCGGUAUCGUCAGGAAAAGUGCUGUCAAGCAAAAAUGUUCCUGUAAGCCUUGCGAGUGUCUUAAAUGUUCCGAAUCAUUUUCGACACUGUGCGAUUGUGAACCAUGCAAAUGUUUAGAUUGUAGAACAAAGGCUGCACGUUUGUCGAGGAAUUUUAUCGUAGCUUCUGUUGAUCAAACUACGCAUGGCAACACCUGCGAUUGCGAAGCUCCCUGUGAAUGUGCUAAUUGCGUUCCGAACUAUGGCACAGCAGGAGCAUUACAGGAGCGAUCCACUGGAACUGUGAAUCACUCAAUCUGCCCUUGCGCGAAUUGCUUAAAUGAUUCGUGUCAAACGGACAGAGCCAAUUGUAGGUGUGAGAUUCAGAAAGGCAUUAUGAAUAAACCCUUUCGAAGAGAACACCAAGAUUACGAUAUUCGUAAUGUUGUAAUAGAAGGACGUACACCAACUAAGCAAACACAAAAAAAUAUCAAAUAUGAUUUACCCAUGAGUAAUAGUAUACAACAGAAUUUUAGUGUGGCAGUUGACGUGUGCCAUUGCGCAAAAGAGAUGUCGAAACCACAAUACCCAAUAUUCUUUUUGCCAAAUAAAAUGAGUCGAAAUAAUCCAUGCAAGUGCUACGUAGACAAAGUAAUCCAUGGACACAAAUCUAGUGAAUGCAGUUGUAGCACUUGUGAUUGCUUAGACUGUGAAUACAAUAAAAAUUCAGCACUGGAGUCUCCUAAAACACAUUCAUUACGAAAGUUAAUUAUAGAAUGCUGCAAUGAAUUUGAUUCUUACGACUUUUCAAACUAUAAGGAUAUUGAAAAUAUUAUAGUUGAUGCGAAUGUAGGUGGUAUUACACAACGAAUAGCUAACAACGAUCAUAGUUCACAAGCACAUAAAGAGAAUAAAAACGAAGAAAAUAACGAACAUGACCAUCGCACACUUUCACAAACAAGCAAAAAUAGCUUAAAAACUAAAAAAAUAUUGAGCACUACUGAAUCUUCAGAAUCUAGAGCAUAUGCUGCAAGUUCGACUUUGAUUUUAAACAGAAAUUUUGAUACUAAAUUACACAAAGCAGACACAGACUUAUCUUCAGCUAAUCGCAGAAAAUUGUACUAUGUAGCAUCUUUAUUAAAGGAGUUUUCCCUCUUUAGCGAUCCGUCAAAUGCAGUGUUGCUUCAAAAGGACGGUGAAAAUGAAAAUGACGAUCCCGAGCGUCUUGAUAAAAGCUUGGAUUCAGAUUUUCUAAAUUUUCAAAACAAUUACUUCAUACGAUCGUCAACGUUUAAAUACUUCAACGCUCUGUAUGAUGAGAACCAAAAAUCGGUCAACAUUUCCAAAACUUCAUUUGACUAUGAUAAAAUUCAGGCCACAAUACGCGAAGCUCAAGAUUUUUCAAACAAACUAAAAACUACGCUACAAACAUACGAAACUGCUAAUAGUAAUUUUAAAAGCGUUUCGCAAAGACUUAAAUUCUUAUACGAUAAUUAUUUUAAUGACAACUGCGAAUUUUCGUACAAUGUAUGUUGUAGAAAAAACGUUGAGCCAAAUAAGCCAUGCUGUGUUGGUGAUACAGAGCCACUUUCAGAAGAUACAGAUAUAUUAUCCAGUAUUCUCAAUGCUUCGAUAGCAACAUCAAAGUCUUCGAAUACAGACGAAACAAGUUUAAAACCAAUUUUCGGUAGCCACAAUUUGUUAGAGAAUGUCGAAUGCAUUGAAUCAUAUAAAAAUGUUAACGUUCAAAGAUAUGAAGAUGUGUUCGACGAUAUGACUGUUUCACGGCAGCCUAAAGAAGUUAAUGCUAAAAUUAACCUUACCGGAACGCCAAUAAAGCAUGUGAAUAAAAAAAGACAUGUAAUAAAAAGUUCUAAAACGGCUCUGAAACAACUGAUUUCGACACAAAAACUUCAAAGGUUGAAGAGCAAUAUAACCACAAAUAUUGAAUUUUCUUAUAAAAUCGUAUCUGAUAAAGCUGUAAGCAUGGAGAAUAUUUCCAAACCACAAAAGGACGAAGAGUUAAAUACUAUAAUUACAAUAUUUAAAGACGCAGAUUUUUAUAAAGACGCAGUAACCGACACUAACCAGGCAGGUAUAGUUUACAACAAAACUGAAAAUACGGCUUCAGUAGUAAUGUCAACGGUCCCAAGAAACGAGAAAGAAGAACCAUGGAAUAUUUUACGGAAAAAUACCUACUUAAAAAACGAUAUAGAAAAUCUUUUACUUCAAGGUAAAAUACCCCUUGAAUUUGAAUUAAAAGAAGUUAUUGGAAUAAUUUCUGAUGAAAUGCGGAGAGACUGUGGCCGGAACGAAUGCCAUGAAGCAGACAUAGCAACCAAAAGGAACUGUUUGGAAAGAAGUGUUAGAAGUCAGAACAACACUACUUUGAAAGCCAGCUUUUCUGAACUCAGGAGAAUAUCCGAUCACACAGUUCUUGUUAAAUGGCACAUUCCGCAGAAUAUUUCUCACGUCCGUGGAUACGAAUUGCAGGUCGACGGUCGCGCUGUCCAAAAGAUAUUCAGUCCGAAACGCUCCAUGGCAGUUGUGACAUGCCUCCCGCGUUGCGAGAGAGUUCUCCUAACCAUCCUAACUAUAACCAAUUCAAAUGAUCCGCACCAUUCUAACACUAUCGUAUAUAACCCACGAAACAAGAUCAUCUAG